GGCCCUGGACUUUUAUCUCCUUCUUUCCCUUUCACGCCGACCCCUUACCUCGCUUAUUUAUUACCCACCGGAGGAGCAGAAGUCUCAGGCGUCGUCGUCGGGUACCCGCGGAGUCGGGAAGCUUCUUUUACGCGAUGGCUGAGUGACACAUUUAUACUCAGUGCGCUGGCCAAAGUUGAGCUUGUCCUUUUGAUAAUAAUUGACUGUUGUCCUUAGAGUUGGCAUGACCUGUGAAGGCUGUGUUGGAGCUGUUAAAAGGGUCCUUGGCAGAAUGGAAGGCGUCGAAUCCUUUGAUGUGGACCUGCAGGAGCAGAAGGUAACUGUAAAAGGCAACGUAAAACCUGAUGCUGUUCUACAAACUGUUUCAAAGACAGGAAAGAAGACUUCCUUCUGGGAGGAAGGAGAGGCUGCUCCUGCAGCAGCAGCAGCAGCUUCUGCUGCUCCUACCACUGCAUGAUUGUGACGGUCUCCUGUAAACUGAUGAACCAGUAUUUGCUCUACAUUUAUAUUAACUUUUGUGUGUGAAGUGUGCUAUGAAUGCAAACGUUUUGCAGUUAUUAUGAUAUAAUCUCUCAGCUACUUGUCUAUUUUGUUUGCUACAAACACUCUUUUUAAGCUGAGGCCCAUUCCAGGAUUUUCAAAAA